AUGUUGAGAAGAAUAAGCAAACCGUCGUCCAACCGUUUUGGUAACGGACCAAGUGGCAGGCAAGAUUACAUGAAUGGAAAUGACAGAGACGCCCACGAGGAAGAACAUUCUAUGUCGGACGAAGCCAGUGAUGGGGAUAGUAAUGAGUCCAGGGCAUGUGAAGGAGGGAAUUUUGGAAUAAACGACUUUCUAUCACAUAAAGAGAACUCACACGUAUUGAGGAAAUUUUUUAUAUUUGUUUUAUUAAUUAUUUUAUCACCAGUAAUAUUAAUAGUCCUGUACAAGUACCUGUUUAUGUGGUGCUUCGGCAUAUCCAAGGACACAUGCCUUCUCAUUAGCCUUUUUUUCGUAGUGGUUUACAUCAUCUCGCUGACCUUGCUGUAUGCCUACCUGGCGUUCAAUGAGGAGGAGGUGCCAACUCGAGGGGUUCCCCACAGGUACGACAGGAAGUGGAGGUAG